CUGGACCUAGACAUCUCCAUACUCGGACAGACUACAAGAUCCGCAGUGCGCCCGAAAGGAGGGACCGAAACUACUCUACCCUAGUGAAGGGCGGAACGGUUGGGCCAACCCCAUAGCAGAGGAGACCGGAAACCCCGGGCCUGCACGAUCGACGCUUGCGCAUAGCCAUCUUGCUAAAGGAGAGUUCGCUUCCCUGGCGCGGGCGGCUCGUUAGUGAUGAAGCACGGGGCGUGACCAGGCCAUGGCUGCCGCGGAGCCUGGCGGGCGCGCGGCGCGGGCGUCUGCCCCGAGAACCCGGUCCGGCGGGGUCCCGGACCGCGCGGCAGGAGCUGCGGCCCAGCCCUCUGGGCGAAGCGGCGGCGAAAUUCCCCGGUUGGGGGGGCGGACCCCCGCCGUGGAGAAGCGGGGGCCGUACAUGGUGACGCGCGCGCCUUCCAUUCAAGCCAAGCUGCAGAAGCACCGGGACCUGGCCAAGGCCAUUCUGCGGAGAAAAGUCAUGCUGGGGGCCUCGCCGAAUCGCCCCGAUUCUUCAGGGAAAAGGUCAGUGAAGUUUAACAAGGGCUAUACUGCUCUUAGCCAGAGUGCAGAUGAAAACCUGGUGUCCCUCGACUCUGACAGUGAUGGGGAGCUGGAAUCCAGAUACUCCUCUGGGUAUUCCUCUGCAGAGGUAAACCAGGAUGUGAGCCGGCAGCUACUGCAGGAUGGGUAUCACCUGGAUGAGAUUCCAGAUGAUGAGGACUUGGACCUCAUUCCCCCCAAGCCCAUGGCCUCCUCAACAUGCUCUUGCUGCUGGUGCUGUCCUGGGGACUCAUCCUCCUGCACCCUCCAGUAGACGUAACCCCAGGUGGACGCACCAAGAUAGGAAACCUGCUCACCAUGAGGUCAGCAGAGUCCCAUUGGCCCUUCAUAGUUACAGUGCAGUGGGAGCUGCUGUCAGCCCUGGAAUCACUGGGGGCACUGACCCACUGGGAAGGUCAGUGACCUGCAGGUAGCCCUUACUGUUGCUUCUCAGGCCAGAAGCCCCCAUCUGGACUGUGGGAUGAUAGGUGGAAUUCUGCAGUUUUUCUCUAUUGUUGGAGCAGUGUGGAGAAACCACUUUAAUAAGAACAGAUAACCGGAAUUUUGCUUCUGACAGUGGGUGACAAAGUUGGCUAAGAAAAACACUUGCAGACAUCUUGAUUGGUAUUUGUCAUCAUGCACUAUGGGAGGGAAAAAGCUUUUGUGCCCACUCUGUGCUGGAUAAUAUUAGAGGCAGAAAAUAGCACUUUAUGGCUUGUAGCUGGGAAUAUUGACAGACGACCUAACCAUUUGGGACCAGUUCAAGAAAUUCCAUAUGGUCUCCACCUCUCCCCAGCUCUAAGACGGGUGAUAGGUUUGGCCUUCAAGAGGCAUAAAGCAGGGCCCUUUGGCCUUGCACCUGUGAGUGUUACUGUGGCAGGGAUUAUAACAGGUUGCUUAAUGACAUGGCUGACAUGGCAGGAUCAUGGCUUCCAGAAUCCCUGGAUCUGGUGCAUCACCAAGUGGUCCAAACUGUAUGGGUGAGUUUAGUGAUUCUAGUCAGCCCUUCCCUAGUUAGAGAAAAACUGCUACAUCAUGUACUUAUUUAUGUAUUUAUAUUUCCUUAGGUUCCAUUUUUAACCUUGGUCUUGGCUAGUUUCACCACCCAGUCUUUGAGCUCAGGGCUGGGAGAGGGGACUGAGGCUGGCCCCAGAAGCCUGCGGUUUUUGUGGUUACCAGCAGAGGGAGCUGCAGGGAGCACUCCGGUGCCUUCUGUUUGUUUUGCUUUCUAAACUUGGACAAGUAGCAGUGGGGCAGCUGUGUGGGAUUUGGCUGAGACUGAGGCUCACAGAUAUGAUGGGAAAGAGGGGACCUUAAGCCAGCUCACGAGGUCCCUGCCUGAGGAGACCAAUCUGUUAGUGCAGAGAACCUCCCCUCACCCCAGCAUGGGCCAUUCCUAUUGCUUUCCAGCCCUCCAUUUUCCUCUGACCACAGCAUGGGCCUCAUAGCAGGUACUGGUUCAGGACUGAGCAUUACAACAAGCCUCCAGGAGCACUGCAGCCUCUCUUUGCCCCCAGCCUGAACACAGUAGAGACAGGCCACAUUUCCCUUGUGAUCCCCAUUAGACAGCAUCCCUUGCUGCACCAGACUCUCGAAUUUAGUUUUUGCUUCACCCAGGAGUAUGGAUUGAAUGGGGGUAGACAGGGUUUCCAGCCCAAGGGGCAUAGCAGUCAGGAUUGAGGUUAGGACCCCAGAUGGGAAAAUGCCAGUCUGUUGCUUCACUUAAUGUCCUGUAACUGCUAGAGGCACAUGGCUCUUCUUCCUCGUCUGCAGGAGGUGAUUGGAAGACUGGGAAGUCAGAUAAAAAGAUAAGGCCUUAUUUGUCAUUUGCCAGACAACUUCCUCAUGAGAGCGAUCCCAUCAGAGCUUGACUGGCAUCUAUCUUUGUGCUUUUCUCAAAUCAUGGAAGGUUGAGGGGAAUAUAUGGUUCCCGGGGGGGCUGUAGCUGAGUUUUAUUCUAUGGCUUGCAGCUGCGCAGCAGGGAAUCAACUUGGGGCAUGAGGAACUGGGGAGGUAGAUGGUUAUUCUGUUCUGGAAUGGGACUCUGCUGCUCUACCGAGGUGCCCAGUGUUCUGAGCAUUUUGUGCAAAUGCCUGCAGAAAGGGAGAACAUCUUCCUUCACAACCCCUUCACCCAUCCAGGGACUGUGACCAGGCCUUUCUGAUUUCUGUGAAGGUGGAGAAGUACAGACAAAGAAAGGGCUCAGGUAUGUCAGAUGUGUAGGGAGAAAAGAACCCAGCAGGGCCAGAAGGUGGCUAUGGAAGCCAAGUGUGGAACCACAUUUCAGGGGGUGGGGGUGGCCUUGGGUAGGACAGAAUAGCUGGGGCAUUUGAUAGCUGCUGGGGGUGAAGAUGGCAGCAGGACCCCAAGACCAAGGCCUUCUGUAAUCGACACUGGGAUGCUUGGCUACAGCUGUCCCUGAAGAGGAUAUUCCAGAGCCAGAUGACCCUAUGUGGGAGGCAUUUCCUUUGUGGAAAAAGCUGCAGGGGCCUGAAGCAGGGGACGGUGUGCAGCAAAGCAGGUUAUCAGCAGCUGUUUGGGAUCAGCAGCUAUGGCCAAAAUACCACCAAUAAAGGCACCAAGGUGCCCAGAGCCAAACUGCCUUAAUUCAGGGUGCUGGGUGUUAUGCAGGUGAGUCCCCUGGAAUAGUACCUGGCUUGCUUCACAGUUGAGGGUGGCACCAGAUGGUGUUGACACAGUACUCCACAGAACUCUAUGGCUUACCCUUCUACAGCUCUGUAAGUUUAUAAGAAUAAAUGCCAUCAUGCUAGAUGAGCUGUG